AUGGUGGAAAUCCUGCCUCAAGGGAAUCCAGAUCAUGGGGCCUUAUUGCAAGUUCCCAAGGAGGACAGGCCCUGGUGGAAGAAGAUUUGGGGUCCUAAAGGCCUACAUUUUUUUAUGUUUUUAACAUCAGUUGCCCUUGUUAUCAUCACACUCGUUCAGCUCAUAAACAACUGGGAAAGUUACCAGUCUGGCCAUUGGGUUCUGGUUGCGCAAAUUGUUGUUCAGGCUCUGCAAGCUGCUGCAGAUGGCCUCAUUUUCUCUGGUGCUCAGGGAACACUUGGUUCCAUCUCUGCUUUUGCUGUGCCAGUUCUUGCCUUCGUUGGUCUAGUUCUCUUCCUGGUGAGCGCAUUCGUCCUCAAGGCCGAGCGUGAACCUACAGUGUACGAAAAUGAAUCAAGGAAACUGGAAAAUCGUGGCUUGGCAAGAGCGAUGAAACACCUAAAGUCCAGCUACUUUGGUCCCUGA